AUGUCGUCACCGAGUUCUAAGUCGCAAAAGACACCUAGAACACCCGUACAGAUCUUGCCAACUCCUGCUGGCGAGCAGAAAGUGUUGAAAAGGAAAAGAGAAGAAGUAAAAAAGAUGGAAGAUAGAUUGCAAGGACUGGUCAAUCAGAGAGCGGCAGUUUUCGGAAAGUUGAAUCGAGUGAAAAAUGCCUUGAAGAGCAGUGCAAGUGAUCCGAAUCCAAACAUUAGAAACAUUCAUUACCUCCAAGUUCAGCAGAAAACUGUGGAUAACUGUUACAAUGACUGUAAUAGCAUCCAGAAUCAAAUUUACGAACUGCCGCUUUCUGAAGAACGCAUAAACGAAGAAACUGAGAGCUACGUUGAAUUCGAGUCACUGCAUAAUGAUGUUGCUGUGUGGCUGGGCAUGCUGAUGGAUGCGACAUUGAAAACAGAAGUCGCUACUGUUCCGCCCGCGAUGGGGCCCUCCAAUCCUGCUCACCUGCAACCUGCGAUUCCAGUUCAGCCCUAUGUACAACCGCUGCAAGUCCCAUUACCGACCUUUGACGGGUCUUACGAAAAAUGGUACUCUUUUAAAGCAAUGUUUACCACUGUAAUGAAUCGUCAUGAACAAGAGGAACCAGCACUCAAACUGUUCCACCUGCGAAAUAGUCUUGUCGGACAAGCAGCUGGCAUUAUCGAUGAAGAUUUAGUCAAUAACAAUGACUACGACGCAGCAUGGUUGAUGCUCACUCAAAGAUACGAAGACAAACGCGUCGUCGUUGACAAGCACGUCGAAAACCUGCUCAAUUUGCCAAAGAUUAAUCUGGAAAACGCUAUCAACAUGAGAAAAAUGCUUGAUACUUGCAUAAAGAAUGUGGAAGCCUUGAAGCACCAGGACUUGCCAGCAAAGGGACUCGGUGAGCAGAUGCUGGUAAAUCUCAUAGCAGGAAAAAUGGACAAAAAGCUACGAGUAGCAUGGGAAGCCCGUCAAAAGAAAAAUGUACUUUCAACAUAUGAAGCGAUACUGGAGUUUUUACAAGAGCAGUGUCGAAUUUAUGAAAAGCUCGAAACGAAUGUGAAGCCGUCGUCGGAGAGUGUAAAACAAAAAACGAUGACAAGAAGUCAUACGCUUAUAACAAGUGAACUGAAAGAUGAACGUAAGUGUCAAUUGUGUAAGGCAAACCACGAACUUUGGAAAUGCGAAGCCUUUAAAAACAAAAGUGUAAGUGAAAAAUAUGAAGUGCUUAUAAAAUGCGGUGCCUGCUUCAAUUGCUUAGGAAGAGGCCACCGUACCAGCUCAUGUUCUUCGUCGCGUUCUUGUCGAGAGUGUGGCAAGAAACAUCACACCUCGCUUCAUGCGGUAGACAUUCCGAACAAGGUUGCGAAUAACACCUCGACGAAACCACCAGAAAUUUCCGCAGAGCCGAUUGUACAGCUUGAUUCGAAUCCCACAAACAGAUCGCAAAUGGAAUCGGCGACUACCUUGUGUUCAACAGACGUAAAUUCCAAGAAACAAAUUCUUCUUUCGACUGCCGUGAUAUUAGUUCACGGUUUUGGUAACACUCCUUAUCUGUGUCGUGUGCUGUUAGAUUCCGCUUCCCAGAUGAAUUUCAUUACGGAACGAUUCGCAAACCUUCUCUCGCUGAAACUGAUGCCCACAGACGUUACAGUUAGUGGUCUAAAUGGUAAAAUGACCCGCAUUUACCGUAUGCUGCGAACCAAAAUAAAGUCUUGUCACGGAGACUUUAGUAUCGAUUUAGAUGUGUUGGUAACUCCUCGGAUUACUGGCGAUUUACCGGUGAAAUCGUUUGAAAUAUCGGAAUGGCCCCUUUCAAGCAAAAAUGUUCUAGCUGACCCAAAAUUCAACAAACGAGGACGUGUCGAUAUGCUUAUCGGGGCCGAAUACUUUUGGAAAUUAUUAGAAGAUGGUGUACUCGAACUCGGUGCGAAUCUUCCGACAUUGAGGAACACGAAAUUUGGCUGGGUUGCCGGAGGAGUAAUCGAACUCAACGCACCGAUAAUUGCCCGCACCUUUUGUCAGGUGUCUGAUGACGAAUCGCUUGUUGAGUUACUGAGAAGUUUCUACAAGGUGGAAGCUUGCGACGAAAUCCGUAUCAUGCCUAAGACGAAUGACGAUAUGUGUUUAAGGCAUUUUCAGCAAACACACUACCGAACUGAGGAGGAGAGGUACGUUGUACAGCAUCCAUUCAACGAACGCAAAGAUGAAUUAGGAGACUCGCGCGAGAUGGCACUGAAACGCUUUCUGAAUCUGGAGCGGAAGCUAUAUAGACAACCGGAGUUGAAGGAGCAGUACUCACAAUUCAUUCGAGAAUACGAGCAACUUGGGCACAUGCGAGAAAUACACGAGCCGAUUGACGAGUAUCCGGGAUCAGUCUAUUAUUUGCUACAUCAUUGCGUGCUUAGGCCAUCCAGUACGACAACGAAAUUAAGAGUCGUAUUUGAUGGAUCUGCAAGGACUUCAACAGGCGUUUCGAUUAACGACAUUCUAAUGACUGGACCAACCAUACAAAACGACCUGUUCGCAAUUCUACUACGUUUUCGAGGAUUUCAAUACGUUUUCACACUGGAUAUUCCGAAGAUGUUUCGGCAAGUAAGAAUCCACCCACAGGACACGAAGUACCAACGCAUCUUUUGGAGAUACAACGAGAACGAUCCGUUAACGAUUCGAGAGCUGCAAACAGUUACAUAUGGUUUGGGCUCAUCGCCGUUUCAAGCAACAAUGGCGCUGAAGCAAGUUUCAAUUGAUCACAAGGACGAGUUCUCGGAAGCCGCCAUGGUAAUCGAUAAGGGAACGUACAUGGACGAUAUUCUGACAGGAGCUGAUACAUUAUCAAAGGCAUGUCAACUUCAACGUGAUGUGAAGGACCUUCUGGCAAAGGGCUGCUUCAGUGCUCACAAGUGGUGCGCUAACCAUCCAGAAAUUGUUCGAGAUGUUCCUGAAGAACUUCGAGGAAAUGAUUUCGAAGUCGCUGACGACAAUCCGAAAAUAAUAGUAAAAACUUUGGGCAUGACGUGGAAUCCAAUGGAAGAUUGGUUUUCUGUUACCGUUCCAGAUUAUGACAAUUCAAACGAUGUUACCCGUAGGAAGCUAUUAAGCCAGCUGGCUAAAAUAUUUGACCCGCUGGGCCUUUUUGGUCCAGUAAUUACAACCGCGAAGCUGAUUUUACGGGAAGUAGGUGAGCUGCAGAUUGAUUGGGACGAUCCAGUUCCUCUUACCAUAGGCAAAAAGUGGCGAAACUUUCGAAACGAAAUGACUAUCCUGAAUGAGAUGAAAUUGCCAAGAUGGGUCUCUUGCAAAGAUGUUACAAGGUUGGAAUUGCACGGGUUCGCGGAUGCCUCCGAUUUGGCAUAUGGAGCGUGCCUUUACGUACGCACGAUUCAGACAAACGGUUCUGUCCAAAUGAAAUUAAUUUGUAGUAAGUCACGCAUACUACCAAAGAAAGGAACAAAAAUGAAGGCCAUCACAACCCCUCGUGCAGAACUACUUGCUGUUCUGCUGCUCGCCAGACUGAUCGAUAAGCUCUUAGAUGCUAGUGAAUUAGAUUUCGAGUUGGUACAUCUCUGGAGUGACUCAAAAAUAGUACUUGCUUGGAUUAAAAAAUCUCCACACAUGCUACACACUUACGUUUCAAAUCGAGUAAGCGAAAUUCAACGAUUAACUUCGAAUUGUAUCUGGAAUUACAUUCCUUCUCAUUCGAAUCCCGCUGAUUUGUUAUCUCGGGGAGAACAGCCAAAGCUUUUAGUCGACUCAAAGAUGUGGUGGAUGGGUCCGCUAUCAUUCAAUUGUUCAAAUACCGUAACAAUCGAGAGCACCGAAAUUACUGAUGAUCAAUUACCAGAAUUGCGAGCUGGGAUAAUGCUGACGAUAACCGAUUCUUCUAAACGAAUGUCGAUUUUUGACAAGGUAAGCAGUUUUAAUAAGAUCGUACGCAGUGUCGCCUACCUAGUACGCUUUACGAUGUAUAUUAUAUCCAAGAGGAAGACAGUUUUGAAGGGUUUACUUACUGCUGAAGAAAUGCAGAAGGCCCUAUUGUUAAUAGUACGACUGGUACAACGCGAAACAUUCCAGCAAGAAAUAUUAGCAUUGACAGAUGGUGUCAAUACGAAACAUCGUCACAACGGAUUGAAAGCCUUCCUUGAUCCGCAAGAUGGAAUUCUGCGAGUUGGAGGACGAAUCAAGCGAGCGUUUGUGCCGUACGAUAGUCGCCACCAGAUGUUGUUACCAGCCAGACAUCCGAUCACUGAAUCACUUGUUCGACACAUGCACUUAGAGAAUCUACACAUCGGUCAGAAAGGUUUGCUAGCAAUAAUAAGACAACGCUACUGGCCAUUAAACGUGAAAACCACAAUUCGUAAGGUGAUUCGGAAUUGCAUAACAUGUUUUAAGGCGAAUCCCUUGAAGACAACACAAUUGAUGGGUGAUUUGCCGUCAUAUCGUAUACGACCGGCGCCUGUGUUCGCUAACACCGGCGUAGAUUAUGCUGGACCGUUCUGGGUGAAGUCACUCUCUACCACCCGUAAACCUCAGUAUACGAAAGCCUACGUGAGCUUGUUUGUAUGUAUGCAGACUCGUGCCAUACAUUUGGAACUUGUUUCCGAUUUAACGACGGAUGCAUUCCUUGCUGCUCUGAGACGUUUCAUCAGUAGACGCGGAUGUCCGAGAUCAAUCUACUCCGAUAAUGCUACCAACUUUGUAGGAGCUAAAACUGAGCUACAUGAGUUGUGGCUUUUGUUUCAGAACCAGUCUGCUACCCGAAAGAUAACGUCAUAUUGUACUAACAAAGGCAUCGAUUGGUCUUUCAUACCACCGCGCAGCCCGCACUUCGGAGGUAUUUGGGAAGCUGGAGUAAAGCAGGUUAAAUAUCAUCUCAAACGGAUUGUCAGUGAUCGAAGGCUGACAUACGAGGAACUGUACACUACGUUGACUCAAAUUGAAGCUGUGUUAAAUUCUCGGCCUUUAGCACCGUCCUCAGACGACCCCAGCGACUAUACAGCUAUAACACCUGCUCACUUCUUAGUCGGCCGUGAGAUGCAAGCAGUAGCUGAACCAUCUUACUUGCAUCUAAAGGAAAACACUCUUUCGAGAUGGCAGCUGGUGCAGACAAUGUUGCAGCACUUCUGGAAACGGUGGACUGCGGAGUAUCUGCCAGAGCUCCAGAAUCGAUCGAAAUGGCAUAAGACGAACGAGAUAAAUGUGGGUUCAUUGGUACUACUCGUGGACCAGAAUGCACCACCGUUUCAAUGGCCUCUUGGAAGGAUCGUCGCAGUGCAUCCUGGAAAUGACAGCGUGACGCGCGUUGUUACUGUGAGAAUAGCUAAUGGAGGAGAGUUUAAGCGCGCUGUAACGGAAGUAUGCUUGCUGCCCCUCGACCAGAAGAAGGUUUGA